AUGGAUUCCUCCUCGGUGGCCAAUUUUUUGUUGGGCAUCCAGAUUUUGGAGUCCCAUGUGCUGAAAUUAACAUGCAUUGGUUUCUUAAAUUAUAUAGAAUUAGCGAAAAAUGGCAUUUCAAGGCCUGUUACUGAUAUUUCAAGCCUUGGAGUUUGCUCUGGUUUGGUGUUUCUUAAUCUCUCCGAGAAUUUCAUGGACUCUUUUGUCGAGGAAACUACCAGAGGCUUCCCCGCGGGAUUAUCAUCAUUACAUGUUCUUGAUAUAUCGUACAAUAAUAUUUCGGGUCAAAACGUGGUUUCUUGGCUUUUAUUAAAUGAAUUUGCUGAGCUUCAACACCUAUCUUUGAAGGGCAAUAAAGUGGCAGGGAGUUUGCCUAAGUUGAAUUUCAAGAAUUCGAUGUAUUUGGAUCUUUCAACGAAUAAUUUUUCCUCUGAUUUCCCACGGAUAGAUGACUGCUUGAAAUUGCAACACCUGGACUUAUCUUCCAAAAAAUUCUUCGGCGAUGUUGGGCAUUCACUUUCUAGUUGUGGAGAGCUUAGUUUCCUUUAA